AUGGACAUUAAAGCGAAUAGCAGCAUCCAGAACUCUCUCAAUCAGCUCGUGAUCCAUUACGGCCAAUGCCCAUCCCGAGCAGGUGCGCCCAAAGGAAUCUCUCGCCCCGAACUAGCGUUGGCAUCAGAGAUUACUCGUCUCCACCCGACAUCUAGCGCAUGCUUCCCACGCGUGCCAUUGCCAGAUCCUCAUUCGUCCUGUGCGCUGACGGGCGGUUGCUACUGUGGUUCGUGGCCUGCUGGUAUGGCCUGUCUCUGUCGGUUCCAACGCCCGUCGUAA